CGUUGGGCGUCAACGUGAUGCUGAGGAAGAUCGCGGUGGCCGCCGCCUCGAAGCCGGCGGUGGAGAUCAAACAGGACGGGGAGAGGUUCUACAUCAAAACCUCCACCACGGUGCGCACCACCGAGAUCAGCUUCAGCAUCGGGGAGGAGUUCGAGGAGCAGACGGUGGACGGGCGGCCCUGCAAGAGUUUGGCCAAGUGGGAGAGCGAGAACAAGAUGGUGUGUGAGCAGCGGCUGCUGAAGGGCGAAGGGCCCAAGACGGGCUGGUCGCGGGAGCUGACCAACGAUGGGGAGCUCAUCCUGACCAUGACGGCCGACGACGUCAUCUGCACCAGGGUGUACGUCCGGGAGUGACACCCCUAUCCCGCCGCCACCCCCUCCCCAGCCACCCCCGGCCCUACAUGCCCCCCCCCGCACCCUGUUACCCACCCUGCGUCCUCCCCAUGUCCCCCUGUUGCUGUGGGGAGAGGGUGCGCCCUCCCGGAAGAUGAUCAAUGCAUCGGCCUUAUUUUGGGGGGGGGGGGGGGAGGGUGGUUCACGCAGCUAUGUUGCCCCCCACCCCUUGGCACAGGGGGUCUCUCGGGGUGGGGGCGGGGGGGAACAUCUUCUCCGGCCCCGUUUCGCUGCAGACAAAGCGCCUGCUUUUUGGAGAGGCGCCGUGGCCGCGGCGGGGGGUAACGCGGCCCCUCCCUGGGCCUGCACGUUGGUUUUAACUGGUUUUGGUUCAAUUUAA